UGCGAAUCCUCUUGGGAAACUUGAGCUUGACCUCGUAACGCGGAACGCUAGGAAACCGCUGCUACGGCGUAUGUCAACAGAUCCACAGGAAUAGCCGAGGAAUUCUGACAUUUAAUGUAUCGUUCUUGGGGGUUCUAAAGAGCAAUUUCACAUGGGAGACGAAAUGGAUGCUUUAGAAGUGGAAGAGUCGAAUUCGUUGCAGUUUAUGGCGAAAACAGCCGACCCUGAGGCAGACCAAGCAUUCAAAAUGUAUCGUAAAGAAGUCGAGGAUCUAAGAGACAAGCAAAAAGUCGAGGUUAGCAGGCUGCAGUUGCAGAUAGAAAGCCUAUCAAAGCAAAAACAGCACUUUCAAGAACAGUUCAAGAUUAGCAAGAAUGAGAACAACAAAUACCGCGAAGAGCUAAACAAAGCUCAACAGCAGCUAGAACUGCUCGCAUCGUCACGAGAACAACACUCAAGCGGGACUACGGAGCUAAUAGAACGACUCAAGAAGGAGAAGGGCAUGCUGGAGAAAGAGGUCUGCGCUUUAAAAGACCUCCAGAAACUCCUGACUCAGCAUCCAGGCACUGAGUCCAGCCACGAGGAACUGGUACGAGCGAGAGAGGAAAUACAGGAAUUGCGCAACAGUUACAGGGGCCUGGAGCGAGAGAAUGAGCAGUUGAGGAAACAGGUUAUGGAGCUGAAUGAGCAGCUUUCUGAGGCUGCAAAUUCGAGUACAGAAGAGUCAAACAGCAAACUUACUGACGUUAGAAAGGAGCUGCAGGGCGCGAAUAACAGAGUCAAAGAGUUAGAGUCAGUGAUUGCAGACGGGGUGAACGAGCGCAACGACCUCAAUUUCAAAUUGAGUCAAUCGGAGAGACAGUUGGAGAAGAUGAAAGCGUCGCUACGGUGGAUAGAGAAGGAAAACGCCAAGUUGCAAAAAAGGCACGAAGAAGACCAGCAGUCUAUUUGGAAUCUUUCGGUUCAGGAUGAGUUUAAGAAGAAAGAGAAACAAGAAGUCGAGUCCGACUUGAAGUACAAAACGGCGAGAAUUUCGACUUUAGAAAAAGAGGUGGCCGUGCUUCACCAAGCAAACGCCGAGCUCAAGAACAAAGCAGACCGAUUCAAACACACUGAGGAGGAAAAGAAUAAAGCAAUCGAGCGGCUAAAAGAAGCGACUAUUAGCGAAAAAGGAAAGCGAAACAAUGAAAUUACAGAGUUAAACAUAAAACUCGAAAAACUUGAGAAGGAAUUUAAGGAAUUGCAAGAAGACCUUUACCACACACAAAAAUCCCUGGCCGAUUACCAAGUUGAUUACAAACUCCUUCAAGACGCUAAGAAAAAGUUGGACACCGAAUUCGAGGAACUUUCCAAGAACAAUUCCGAGAGAGAGGCAGUUUUGCGUAGCUUGCAGCAAGAAAAGAACAAGAAGGAUAUUGAUCUGAUGACGCUCAAGGAGAAACUAAGGAAAUCGAAAGCGGAGACGGAAGCGGCUAAAAUGAGCUGUUCAACCCUCAGUGAUCAGAUGAAUGAGUAUACAAAAAGCGUGGCACAGAACGGCGAAGACAUGCUAGGCAUUCAACAGCAAAUAGAAGAGUACCAAUCCAGUUGCGAGCUACUGCGCCAAGAUCUGGGCGCCAAGGAAACGACUAUUGAACGACUGAAUGAUCAAAUCAGCUUUAUGCAUUCUGAUAUUGAAUCCCUCAAUAGUGACUUGUCCUAUACGAAGGCCAUGUAUAACAACAACCAAGAAGAAGUCAAGAGAUUGGUGUUGAAAUUGAAGUCAAGUGCGGAUGAGAUUGUUAGCUUGACGGGAAUGCACAACGUUGUCAAGAAGGAAAAAGAAAGUCUUGAAACUCAGAACACUCUUGCUGAUGAGAAAAUUAGAAACUUGGAGUCAGAGGUCAAGAGGUGGCGAACAACUGCAGAGGAACUUGAAGCAAAAUUAAGAAGCGCGGAGGAAGAAAAGAAAACGCCAAGAAAGGAGAAGACAAAAGUUGUUUUGACAACGACUGAUGAAAACGUGCGAGAGCUGGUUAAGCUACGACAAGAAUCGGAAAACUAUGCUCGCGAAACAACAUCUUUGAGAAAACUCCUCGAGCAAGAGUCAGCUGCGAAAAGAUUUGAAGCUCAGUGUCGUAGAGAAGUGGAAGAGAAAGUUUCAGACCUUGAAAAGGAAAUUGAAGAAGUGGCAAAUGCGAAGAAAGUUCACGAAGAAGAGUUUCGCCAGGAUCGAGACCUGAUUUCUGGUCUCAAUAUGCAGUUGGAGAACUUGAAAAACAAGAACAAAAUGCUCCAUGAGCAACUAGAAGAAGUAAGUAACGAAGUCGUUCAAGGAAAAGAGGAGUUAUUGAAGUUUGAAAUGCUCGUAGUUGAGCAGAAGAAAACAGCAGAGAUAACCAAUGAAGCAAUAACCCUCAGAGACAAGGAGAACGAGGAGCUAAGAUACAAUGUCAAAUUCCUUCAGGUCGAGCUGAUAGAAGCAAAGGAGGACACAGAGAAACUAAGGCACGAAAUGGAGGGAAUAAGCGAGGAGAAUGAGACGCUUCGGAAGAAAUUCGAAACCCAGAAAGAGAAGAUAGAGGGGAUGAGUAGAGAGUUGGUCGAGAUGCAAGAUUCCUCUCAGAAGGUGACUGCCAAAAUGAAUUCAUUUGCAGCAAAGGCGCAGUCGUUUGAAAAGCAGCUUGAAGCAGCCGUUAAGGAAAAAGAUCGCUACAAGAAAGAGCUAGACACGUCGCUCGAGAAAGUCCAAAGAAACAAAGAAGAAACUUUAAUGGCGCAGAGCUUGGUACAAGAAAAAGGGAGGAAGUUGGCAAGCUAUCGAAGCGAAAUGGAUGAAAAAGAAAAUCAAAUACGAAGCCUGUUAAACCGGAUUGACUCUGUUGAAAAAGAAAAUACGAAGCUGAAGAAAGAAAAGGUUGUGGUUCAGUUCCAACAAGGAGCGAUGAAACAUCAGCUGGCAGAAGCGGAGGAAAAUAGUAAAAAGAUGAAAGCCCAAUUACAUGAGAUGGAGUUGGCCAUUGCUGAGUUGCAGAAGGAAAAGGAAAUGGUCGAUGAAGAACAGGACAGGAAAGUGAAAGACGCCGAAAAAGACUUGGAAGAAGUAAAACUUGAGCGGAGAAAGCACCAAGAAGAACUCGAGACGCUAAAGGAUAGAACAUUGAAGGUUGAAAGGGAGCUUAGGGAUUCGCAACAAGAAAACAUCAAAAUGAACAUUGAAAACUCGAAACUCUCUAGAAAAGUCAGCAGCCUUGAAUCAUCCGUAGAAAUAUUUGAAAAGGAUAAAAAGAACCUGAGGACAACUGUUAUAGAAGCCACAAGCAAAUUAUCAAAAAUGGGUACGGAAUUGGAGAAUGAGAAAAGAGAGAACGAAGCCUUUCGUGUCGAAGUGAAGGAUUUAAUGAAAAGGCUAACAGAGAGUAGAGAAGAGAUUUUAAAACUCAAUCAACAGGUCGUCGAGCAAACGGUCCUUGCCGAUCGUAGAAAAACUGAGCUCACAAAGUUGGACGCUGAACUCCAACAACACAAAACACUGACGGCGUACAAGGAUAAAUAUUUCAGUGAAUUAAAGGGAAAUUUGGCGAAGACAAAAGGAGAGAGUGAAAGAUUACGCACCGAGCAGGAGACACUGAGAGAAGAGUUGUUGGCGUUGCAAAGAAACAUCUCGGACUCGGAGAUGAAGUAUAAGGAAACUCUGCAUGAACUUACAAAGACUCAAGAAGAAUUAAGAGCAGCGUCUUCUAAAGCGGCAACUGGUUACGAGAACACAAUUUCCGAAAUCAAGAAAGAAAAAGACAUGCUUUAUGAUGAGGUGAAACAUUUGAAGGACAUACGGGCACAACAACUCGAAGAGAUUGAAGAAUUGAAAAGACAGAUAGAACACAUGCGAGAUGUACAAAACAACUAUCAGAAGGAGCUAGAAGCCAAGGACGAUUCGCUCCAUUACCUUCAAGAUUCCAAGAAAGAAAUGAUGCAUGAGUUAGAAGACCUGAAAGAGAUGUUGCACAAAAAGGAAAACGAAUUAGCGGAGCAGGCUGAAAGGAUAAGAGUAUUUGAAUCCAACAACUACGGAGAUGCUAAAGAAUUGUAUGAAACAUGCAAUAAACUAGAAAACGAGAUUGGAACUUUGAGGGAGUCAAGAGAAGUGCUAAGCAAGAAAUACACUCAAAGCGUAGCUAAGGAAAAAGAGUUGACGCAUCUUGUAGAGACUUUAAGAUCGAACAAAAAACAGCUUGAAUUACUGGUCGAGGAGAUGAAGAAUGAGUCUAUGUUAGUGGAGGAGCAAUUAAAUGAAAGCCAGUCAGAGUUGGAAACAACAAGAGAGAGUUGUACUAGCAUGAACUCAGAUCUAGAGAGAACAUGUGAUGAGUUACAGAUUGCACAAAACGAACUGAAGGAGCUUAGAUGCCAGCUGGAGAAGAACGAAACUGAUAAAGGUCAGCUAGAAGAGGAGCUGAUCAAAACUAAAGAUGCUUUACUUGAGAAGUAUGAUGCAAUGUUGUCCCUUCAGAGGAGGGUACAAGAACUUCAAUACAAGUGGGACCAGCACGUAGAGGAAAUACAGGAGAAAAACACGAGCAUCAAAACGCUGAACGAUGAGAAAAACAACCUUACGAUCGACAUGGAUGCUCUGAGAAACGAAGUGGAAACCUUGAGGAAUUCUCUAGACUCGGAGCAAACGGAUAAAGCAGAGAUUGAAAACGAAAAUUUCCAGCUGAAACGAAAAAUAACAGAAGUUGAGGGCAGGUUACAUGGAAUACUGAUGGAGAAGGAGAAAUUGAAGGAGUCUAUGCUUCAUUACCAAAAGAGAAUUCUGAAGUUUAAAGACGAUGUUCAGAAUUAUAGCAAAGAGUACACAAGUCCCAGGGGAAAGAAAGGUGAUCCAAAUACCCUGAUUGAAGAUAAACAAGUUUAGCGACCAAGAAACAAACAACAAUCAAUAAGUCGUGUUUUUUUUAACAUUUAAUAGAUCCACCAAGAUCGACAUGUUUUUUUUCAAACCUUCAGGAAAGAUUGAUACACAGUUGGCAUUAGUUUUUCUAGGGAAAAGGCUGGUAUAGAGAAAGUCAAAAUAGACAAAACCUAUGGCAGAACUGUGGACCCAUCAUGGACCAAAUCUUAAGUCAACUGCUUUCCAUCAGUGACAAACCUUCUGAGAGACCCAAUCUGUCUUGUAAUGCACUCUUGACUUUCUCAGGCUCAUGUUCAUGUGGACCAUGCCUUUUUUUAUUCCAAAAUAGUAUUCAAAGAACUGAUAAAGCACAAAUGAUAUGUGCCAUCAGUUGCUUAUAUAGGUAGACUUUCUCAAAGUCCGUUGGUCAGCUUUUUAGAAAUUGUCUUUUGCUGUACGACUUUGUGUGCGUCCGAUUUUUUUACUGAUUAUAUGGGAAAAUAACCAUAAGAUCGCACUAUGAGGGAAAAUCAAAGAGGGCGACUUGGGGUAAGUAUUAUCUAGGCUGAGCAUGGAGCUUUUUUCAUUAUUGUUAUAGAUUUGUUGUUUUCAUCCUUGGAAGAAAAAUUAUGUAAAGAAGAACAAAGUUUUAUAUUUCAUGCAAAAAGCCAUUGGAUUAUUCAAUAGCUUGCAGAAUUAGCUGAUAAAAAAAUAGAUGCUUUCUUACAAAAAAAAAAAAAAACAGUGUCAGAAAGAGACUCUUUAAAAGAUUGAAAACUAAUGGUCAAGAUUGUUUGACUGAUUCUUUAGAAUUUAGCUUCCUUCUCUUCUCAUGGUGGAUUAUUUAGGAUUGUAGACCCCCGAAACCAGGAUAUAGCAGCUUUCCUCUUACUGACACAGAAGGUUUUAAGUGUUAAACAUCAGUUGUACAUCUGCAUAUCUUUAUAUACUAGAGUGACAUUUAUAUCUUUAUAAACACCCUCUCGCUAAAGUGUGAAUACAAAUUGUCAUGACCAAAAUGAAACCAAAUAAAAACAUACUUAUUCUUUA